AUGCAUGUGGAGUUUCGCAUUUCCCGCAUUGAUAACAUGUGCUCCUUCGACGCAGAGAGCUUCAUUCGUAUGCACCAACUGAGACAUCGUCCCCUACUCGAAGCAAGCCUAAGAAAGUCUUUUGUAAAGCUCCCUGAGAACGGAAAAAAUUCCGGAAAACAUUUUCAUCCUCGUGUAAAAAUUCAGUUUAUCUUUGAAAAUCUCGUUUGCAUCGAGAGUUCUGAUAUUUCUGGAGAUAUUGAACAUCAACAACAUGAAAGACAAAUAAGAACCAAUUGGGACGCAAGCGAGAUACGCACAAAACGUUACCGUUGCUAUAUUGGAGAAGCUAUAGUUGCAUCACUUCCUCUUUUUGUUGCAGAGAGAAAUGUAAAGGUACGUCUCUUACAGCUCGCACCAGAGCUUGAUAAAGAGGAAACAUCAGCUGUAAAGACUUUCUAUCCAUCCUACUUUGAACUACAAGAUUACAGUCUUUGUAUUGGCGUAGCGAAGAUAUCCUUGAGAGAGUUACUCAUUAGUAAUAGCGGUGUUAGCGUUACACUACAGCCCAAACAGAGUAUGAUUGCAUCAGUUGAAGCCCUAAACCUAAACACUGUAGUAACAAACGGUAUGUUUGGUAAAGAUAUUGGGGGAAGUGCAGUGCUUACUUUCCAAGCGGUUAGCAUAAUUUUUAGCACGAAAUCGUUACCAUCGUUGCUUUGCUGUAAUAAAAUAGAUGCUGGGUCAAUUUCAACACCUUUGUGUCCUGUUGGGAAUGGCAACAAUACUCAUGCUGUAGACCGGUUUAGUGGUACUUUUUGUAAUUCUUUUCUUGAGAGCGAUAUAGAUUUACAACAACAAAUGAGUUCUCCGGUGGUUCGCUUUGUGCUUGUACCCUACAUAGUUUUGAUUGAUACACUCCUUCGGAUAAAUGAUGCUGUAUCAUGGCGACAAACCAGUAAAACGCUGUUGCUUCUUUUUAUUAUUUGGGUUGUGCUUAUUGCUGAUAUGGUGGAUAUGGGCCUUAUUCUAGCUCUCGUAGUGGAAGUGGUCUUGGCGCUUCGAAUGACGAUACUCUUCUACCGUGUUCCACCACGUAUUGCUCGAACUACCGAUCCUGUAGUAUCAGUGACAGGACGGCAAGAUCGAUUCCAAGCAGUGUUGUACAGUACCCAUAAUCAUAUUAUUAAUAGCAUGUCUCGCGCAAGACUAUUUUUCUCACAGGGACUACAAAGUGAUUGUUAUUUUGAACUCACUUUUAUUUUUCAACAUGUGGGAAAAAUGAAACGUAUGUUAUUGCUUUGUUUGACCUUGUUACUUUUUUCUUUUUUCGCUUUCUCAAUUGAGACGCUGACAAUUUUCGCUUUCCUGAUUGUAUUUGUGGUUCAUCCAAUAUGGCUGCGCGUAUCAUUUUCGCGUUUGAGGAAAACAUGGCGUCGUCAGUUAACAUCAGGAACUCUCUGGAAAGCACUUGAUUUAUGCCGCCCAAUGCGUGUAUCACGUUUGGUGCAGAUUAUGGUAGCACAAGAGGAGCGGACAACGUAUUUUGGUUCACUGCUACCAAUCCAACGUCACACCCCGAGUCCAACUCGUAGUGUUAUGAACGCAUCUUUGCCUCCUAUUCCCCACCUUUCGGCAAUAGAAGAAGCGAAGCAUCAUCAUGUGAUGUCUUUUACUACUACACCAGACCGAAUCCCUACACAAGGCAAGCAAAUGGAAGAUACAUCCUCUUUUCCCAACCUAGACUCACAGGGAGGAAAACUAUUAGGUGGAGGUGAUAACAGUAUUCUUGUUGCCGGAAAUUCCAAUCCUAACAACACAAUGUCAACUUCUGGUUCAUCGAAAGUUGUACCUCGAAAAUGUAGCGAAACUGUCAAGUAUGAUACUCAGCAAAAAUCUUUCUUAACUUUUGCUGUCAUUCUCAUUACAUGUGAGAACGUGAUGCUUAAUAGCAGUAAAGGUUACAAUGGUUCUAAUGGUAAUAGUAGUGGUAAUGGUAAUAGUACUAUAGUACAAAAACUAAGACGUAUUUUACAACGUGCCAGAGCAUUAAAUCGCUCACCAGAUGGUGUUAUAUCUCGUGAACAAUAUCAAUCAUAUUUUAGCAGUGUUUUGGCAUUUUUUCAGUUUUUACGACGUCAGUGUUCAUUGGAAACUUACGUGACACCACUUCCAGGUUCACCUCCCCCUUCAUCUGGAGCUGGUACAGUAAGGCUGGAUCAAUUGGCAAAUCUCUCAUGGUUAAUAGAAAAGGGAGAAGAUGACGGUAUUACAUCCACUAUGCUUGCGCUUUCAUCUCAGCCUGCUAUGCUUGGUAAAUUUCCACCGUUGUACCGUAUUGAGGGUAGUGUCCGCGCUUUUGCAUUGUUAGCUCUCUACCUAUUACAAGGGUCUCGUCUUUCACUUUACAGUGGCCCGAGUAGCAGAGGUUGCAGUAUCAUAAUUCCGCUUAAGAUGGGUUCUUACGAUAUAGAAGUAGCGGCAAGACAGCAUCCUUGUCCUUCAGCACUACAGAAGGCAUUGAUUGGUUUCUGGAAGGGUUGGACAGAAGGUGAAGUUCCUAUCAAUAACACAGAUGUUGUACUUAAAAUCAUUGAUACAUAUAAGGAUUCAUGGGGGAAUGAAAGUGGUGGAUCAUCUACAGGUCAGGACUAUCAUCAUAUGAUCACAGCACCAUUAGAAGAGAACGAUUCUGCACGUGACACGUCAAAGCGUCUUUUGCAAACAUUUAGUACACCAUCAUUUGCAUAUAAACGUAACCGCGGUAAUGCUGCAUCUGUUGGAAAUCCUGAUCCUGCUUUGGUACCAUCAACGCAAUCACCUUCAGAUGUCGAUGGCCCUGCACCAUUUUUUCUCCGUUCUCUAAGAUCAAUGGGACCACAGGAUAAUUUUCCAGGCACCACAGAUAAUUACCACCGUGCUACACAGUCAUGCACAUUCAGCACAUCCUCAUUACGGAAGCAGAAUCAAAACUUUGUUUCUGUACCACGUCUUCAGAGAGCGAACACUACCACUGAGGAAGAUUUAACGCAACAACCACUAAAAAAUGCCACAGCUACUUACGGUAAUAGUUCAAAUCGUACAGAGUCUGAAAUUAGUACACCUCGAACCAGGUGA